CCAAGAAGGAUGUCAGCAUUCAACAUCAGUGACGACGGCCUCCCAGCCACUCUCUUUCUGACCGGGAUCCCGGGUCUGGAGUCCUUCCGUAUAUGGAUUGCCAUCCCAUUUUGUACUAUGUACCUGGUCACCCUUGUUGGCAAUGCUGCCCUCAUUCUUGUCAUUGGGACAGACGGUGCUCUCCAUGCACCUAUGUAUCUCUUCCUUUGUCUUCUCUCACUCACUGAUCUGGCCCUCAGCUCUACAACUGUACCCAAAAUGCUCUCCAUCUUAUGGUUCCGUGCUGGUGAGAUUUCCUUUGGUGGAUGCCUAGCCCAGAUGUUUUUUGUCCAUUCUAUCUAUGCUCUGGAAUCUUCCGUUCUUCUUGCCAUGGCCUUUGACAGAUAUGUGGCUAUCUGCAACCCACUGAGGUAUACGACCAUUCUCAAUCACACCGUCAUAGGCCAAAUUGUCUUUAUUGGGAUAUUCCGUAGUGUGGUUAUUGUCUCCCCCUUCAUCUUCUUGCUGAGGAGAUUGCCCUACUGUGGUCACCGUGUCAUGGCGCACACAUACUGUGAACACAUGGGCAUUGCCCGACUGGCCUGUGCCAACAUUACUGUCAAUGUCAUCUAUGGGCUAACUGUGGCUCUGCUGGCCAUGGGUCUGGAUUCCAUCCUCAUUGCCAUCUCCUAUGGCUUUAUACUCGGUGCUGUUUUUCAUCUUCCAUCUCGUGAUGCCCAGCACAAGGCUCUCAGUACUUGUGGCUCCCACCUUGGUGUCAUCCUGGUUUUUUAUAUCCCUGCCUUCUUCUCUUUUCUCACCCAUCGCUUUGGUCACAACCGAGUUCCCAAACAUGUGCACAUCUUUCUGGCCAAUCUCUACGUGCUGGUGCCUCCUGUGCUCAACCCUGUCAUCUAUGGGGCAAGAACCAAGGACAUUAGGAGUCGACUUCUAAGACUACUUCAUCUGGGGAAGGUCUCACUGUGA